GAUAUAACUGAUGGACAAUACAAAGCAAAUAUAGAGUUUAUUAAACUGCAAGGCUACUAGUAAACAUUUAUCUAACUUCUUUGUAUAAGGUGACCACAACAGCACACUUAACACAGUUUAUUAUGUACAUCCUUUGCGUUAACCUGUUUUAAAGACAAUAAUAUUACAAUACACCUAAAUUCCAGGUUUUACGCAGUCAAUAAAAUGCCGGUUUGAACUUGUUUCUUUCUUUAUUGCGUUUGCCUUCUACCUGGAAUGUGGGGUUGUUCCAUAAAUAAUAACAAUAUUUUAAAGUGUUACAGAAGCUUGUAAAGGUGCGCAUUAUGGUUGAUUGUUAGUGCUUUGUAUUUUGUUCUUAGUUGUCCGGUGUUCGUUAACAUUUGGGAUAAAAUAAUCCUAUCUACAGAUUUGUAGUAUCGAGUAUCAGCGGACAGGGCAGCAAAAGUGCUUGUGAUUGGUUAGAGUGGUGGGUGAGUUCGCCUGAAGAAAUAGGACACACCCAUAGAAGAUGUUUGACUUUAGCUCAAGAUUUUGACAGAAAGUUAAAAAAGAAAAACAGUUACCACUCGUCGAUCAUGUCGUCUACCGUGAAAAACCUCACAGUAACCUGUAACCCUCCUAAAGAUAGCGACGCUUUUACAGUUGGAGACUGGGUCACUGGUGUCGUAAAUCUUGAAGUGGUCAAAGAAUGUCACAUCGAGUCUCUGUCGAUUAAAUUUAAGGGAAAAGCUGAAGUUUUGUGGACCGAAAGACAUGGGAACACCACCCAUGUUUACCACUCCAAGGACAAGUACUUUAGUAUCAAACAUUUCUUUGUCCGACACCACAACAGCGAAGAACACGGUGAUAAUGAAAUACUGUUGUCAAAUCAAAAUGGAGAAACAUAUAGCAGCAUUGUUAACCCAGGAUGUCACGUCUACCCAUUCACCUUCCAAUUCCCUGUAAUGGAUAUGCCACGUUCAUUUAAGGGCUCUGUUGGUAAAAUUGUGUACCUGCUGGAAGCCAAACUGAGCAGAUCAAUGAGGAUUCCCAAAAAAGAUAAAACUAAAAUCAGCUACGUUCCAAGAGCAGAUUUCAGCUGCAUUCCUGAACUCAUGAUACCACAGCACGAGUCCAAAGAUAAGAAAAUGAAAUUUUUCAGCUCGGGUACAGUCGCCAUGGAUGUAGAUAUUGAAAAGUCGGGUUUCUUCCAAGGAGAAGGAAUAAAGGUUAUUGCCCACAUUCAGAACAAUUCUUCCCGUGAGAUCAAACCAAAGUUCUGUGUGUACUCAAAACACAGUUUCUUUGCUGAGGGACGCCGCCGGUUGAACACCAAAGACCUCGUGAAAGAAGUUGGAGAGCCAAUACCUCCCUCUGCCAAAACAAUGGUCACAAGGAUCAUCACAAUUCCACAUGAUAUGGAACCAUCGAUCCUUGACUGUAAAAUUCUCAAAGUAGAGCACAGGCUCAGGAUAUUUUCACAGGUCUACCUGGAUGUGAAGUAUGCUUCAGACCCAGAGAUCAAAUUUCCCAUAGUCAUACUACCAGUCACUCAGGUUCCCGGUGAGGCUCCGCCACCUCCUGCUGCUGCCGCUGCUUCUGCUGCUGGUUUGCAGUCCAGAUCCCUGAAUACUCCGUAUUGGAAUCCACAGCCAACAUCCUGGGGGAUUGCCCAACCAUCAGCACCAGCAGUGUCUCAACCCAAUGAUCCUCCUCCUCCUCCCUACGAAGCAUAUGGAAUGUACCCUUCUUUAAUGGAUUUUAACAAUUAGUCUCACAUUAGUCUGAACUGAGGAAUUAAAUACAUUAACUGAUGCAUUUUAUACUUUUUUGUUGUUUUAGGCAAUCUACAUCUUAGGAUACCACAACCUUUUAUGCCUUUUAUAUUCAUAUGAACUGUAAACCUAUGUACUUAAAAUGUAAAACACAUUCAUUUUGUGAUGAUCCAUAUGGUCCAUAAUAUUUCUGUCUAAGAGAUUCUAUUGUUUUCUAGAGUAAACCAUUGUCUUGAUGAUAAUUUACUGAAUUUCCAUUGAAUUUAAGUUUUUGCAGGCCAGUCUGUUAAUUUGAAUAUAUUUUGAGGACCUGCUUGUAGCGUCUUAACGUACUAGCUACUUUACAGAACUGGAAAAAAAUCCUCACUUGUUUUGUUUACAUGCCGUAUUUUAAAUACUUAUAUGUCUUCUGUUUUAUCAAGUUUAAAGAAAUGUCUUCUGUUUUGUGUUGUUUUUUAACAAGAGAGCUCAACCAUAUCACCAUCAACUCAUAUGAAGCUAGUAUUUUAACAGAUACAUACUUUGAGGUAUUUGUUUAGAAAAAGUCAAAAAGUUCAACCUCUGCAUUGGUCUUUGGUAUUUUAAAUUUUGUGAAAAACGUUUUUUUUUUUUUUAAAGAAAAAUAAUGUAAGCUAAUAAUGUAAAAAUUGCAUGAUGCCAAAAAUA